AUGGAGGGGAAGAAUGCUUCUGUCUACUGCAUGUCUUAUCUAUUAAAGGUGUUAUCAGAUGGCUCUAGUGUUUUCAAGGAUGAUAUCAUAUCCCGCUAUCCAGGAUUGAAAGGGGGGAGAGUUUGGAAGGAUCACCAUGAUAAGUUGCUUUUGCGUGCAGUAAUGAAGCAUGGUUAUGGAAGAUGGCAAGCAAUUGUUGAUGACAAGGACUUGAGAAUACAAGAAGUGAUUUGUCAGGAGUUGAACCUUCCAUUUAUAAAUACACCUGCCCCAGGAGCUACUCAAGUGCAGAAUGCUAUGGGGACUUCUCAGGCCCAGGCCUCUGCUUCUGGAGUUCCCCCGCCUCAAGUUUCCAACCCGGGAAUUUCUCAGUCAACAAAUGGUGUGAACUCAGAACAUGCUGAAGCACCUGGAAAUGAUGCAAAAGGGACUACUGCUGGGAGUGAAGCUACUCCUGAUAUUGCACAUGGGGCUACUGAUACUACAUCCCGGCCCGGUCACAACUUUUCCAAGACCAGUCCAUGCUGUACCAUUUCCGGGAGAUGCAGAGAAGACAAGUUGAAUUUAUCAAGAAAAGGGUUCUGCUUCUAGAAAAAGGUCUCAACGCAGAGCUGCAGAGAGCUUAUUAUGCUGAUGAGAAACCAAACGAGACGGAGUG